CAACAAUUCAAAUUUACAUCAAUUUUUUGGUUAUUAGUGUUAUGUUUAAAUAGUGAAGUGAAUAAAUAAAAUAAAUAAUGUUAUAAGUUAAAUCAGUUACUUGAAUGGAUUGAGCUUUUCAUCAUUCAAUUGUCCAAGUGAAUCAAGCCGAUCUCUUGAAAUCGUACCUAUGAAAUACUGAGCUCUUAAAACUGAAAUUACAAUGUAUUCAUUGAAAAUUGAAUUUUUAGCAAAAUACAAAAAUGAAAAUGUAUAAACAUAAUUUUAACUAAAUAUUUUAAUAAAUAACAAUCAACGAUGAAGAGAGUAUUCACAAUACCAGAAAGGACACAUGGAUCAGGUCCAGUAUUCAUCAUUUGGCAGCCAACCAAAGCCAGUCAUCUGGUUACAAUGGGCUAUGAUAACACUGUUAUCAUUCAUGAUCGACACGGUGAUAAAGUAGAUACAAUUAACCUUCCAGGUCAGUGCACCGGUCUUUCAUGGGAUGUUGAAGGAAAUAUAUUAGGAGCAAUUAGUGACAAAUCACCGUUAAUAUUUCUUUGGGAUUCCAGUUUACAUAAAAUGUCUAGAGUUGAUACUGGAGUUCGAGAUGUUUUAACAAUGCUAGUUUGGUCAAAAAAAGAUCAUUUACUAGCAGUUGGAACCAGUAAAGGAAAUGUACUAAUUUACAAUCAUUCAAGCUCAAGGAAAGUACCAGUUCUUGGUAAACACGCAAAACGCAUAACAACAGGUGACUGGAGUGACACGAAUCUUUUAGCAUUGACUGGAGACGACCAUAUGCUAACAAUUAGCAAUUCUGAAGGCGACACUUUAUUCCAGUUUCAAUUGAAAGGUGAACCUUCUUUCUUGACUUUUGCCACAAUCCAGCCGCGAGAUUCACUCCAUCCAUCAACUGGUAACAAUUGCGUUAGCCUUAUAUUAAACAAAAAGAAUCUUUUUCUUUUACGAUUGACUGACAUGGAAAAUCCUUAUGUGAUGAGUUUUCAAGAUAAAUAUGGAUCAAUCAAAUCAUAUCAAUGGUUCGGCGAGGGUUACAUUGUUAUUGGCUUUUCCUCCGGUCUUCUGGUUAUGGUUUCAACCCAUCCGUCUGAAAUGGGACAAGAAAUAUCAACAGUCCGAGCUCAUCAGGAUUUCCUUACAGGAAUUGCUCUUUGUACAAAGACCAAAAAAGUUGCCACUUUCAGUGAAAAUGUGGUAAAAUUUUUUGACCUCAAUCAGCUGGAUGAUACAAAAUCAGUAUUGAUUGUGGAAGACGAAAAAUCAGUGGAAUGGUUAGAAUGGACUGAUGAUGGACAGUUGCUUGCAAUGACAACAUCUUCUGGGGCUGUUCAUGUAUAUUUAACGAAAUUAACAAUUCUUGGUUCAACUUUUGGAUCUCGAGCUGCUUAUUUGUCUUCUUUACUUGAAGUAACAGUCGUCAAUGUAUUGAAUGACAAUGAUGAUGAUAAUGGCUAUGAUGAAGAGUCAACAAUAACCUUUAGGAUCGACAUAGAACCAACUUUAAUUGCUGUUGGGCCAUUUCAUGUUGUAGUUUCUAUUAACAAUCGAGCUUGGUUUUAUGGUCUAACCGGUUCAGACUCUAAUUUGCUUUUGAAAGAGAAGGAAUAUUCAUCAAUAGUCAAAUCAAUCGUCCUUAAUGGUGAUUAUGCUGCUGCAUUAUUCACAAAUGGUAAACUUCAUCUUCACUUGAUUGAAAGCGAAACAGCCGCAGGAGCAAGUUAUGAUCAACGAGAAGCCAAAAUAUUUAAUGAUGGUUCAACUCCUGACGCUGGCAAAAUAAGUUCAAUAUCAUUAACAAACGAUUUUUUAAUCUAUUCAACGGAAUCUGGUUUUGUUGAGUUUUUCUCCCUCGAAGAUUGGUCCAUGGUUAAUGUUUAUCGCCAUCAAAUCGGUAUAAAUCUAAUUUCCCCAGACAUCACUGGAUUAAGAUUAAUUUUGGUUGAUUCAAGGAGCCGAGUUUAUGUUUAUAAUGCAGUAACUGAUGAAGCAUUCAUUCUUGAACAACCAGAAGAUUUUCCAACCUCAAUAAGAUCAAUUCUUUGGGAAUCAUAUCAUCCAAGUAAACACGUAUUUAGUCUAACUGAUGAACGUAACCUAUGGGUUUACGCUUACGUUUGCGAUUCCUUGGAAGGACAGUUCAUUGAAUACAUUGAGAGGAUGAAAUUUCCAGUAGGCCAAUAUCCGUUGCUUCUUCAUAACGGAGUUAUCCUCUGUCAAACUGAGAGUGGUAAAACCUCAAAUUUUAUCCUCACAAGCUACAAUUGGGUAAGUUCAAUGAAAGAUGUUAAGGGUUCCGUCAAAGAGAUUGAUAUAUUGUCAACCACGUUAAAACUUCGGCGUUACUCUGACGCAUGGAACAUAUGCAAUUCACUGAAUGAUACCACUUUAUGGAAAACGUUUGGUCAACAAGCUCUUAAAGAUUUAAACAUUGAUUUGGCUAGACGAAUAUAUCGAACCAUUGGUGAUUCUGGAAUGGUGCAUUCACUAGAGAAACUAAACUAUGUCGAAGAACGGAACUUGAUUGCCGGCUUUGUGUCACUAUUUUUAAAUCAAUUUGAUGUGGCACAAAAAUUUUUCCUUGCCUCUUCGAAACCAAGAGAAGCUUUGGAGAUGAGGCAAAACCUUCAAGAUUGGGAUUCAGCAUUGGCUUUAGCAAACAGACUAGCUCCUGAUUCAGUGCCAAUCAUUUCACGAGAAUAUGCAUCACAAUUAGAGUUCCAAGGUGAUUAUCAAUCUGCACUUGAACAUUAUGAUAAAGCACUAAUAGAGGAAGAAAACGAUGAUUUAAAUACAAAUAAACACAAUCAAAUUUGCAAGGCUGGAAUCGCUCGAUCGUCUCUUAAAUGUGGAAAUAUUAAAAAAGGAGUUGAAGCUGCCUUGGAAUUAAAAGAUGAUCAUGAAUUGCAGAUUGAAUGUGGUGCAAUACUGGAAUCUUUGAAAUUAUAUUCAGAUGCUGCAUUGCUCUAUGAACAGGGUCACGACGCAGAAAAAGCGUCCAAGCUUUACCUCUCUGUUCGGAAUACAAGAAAAGUUGGUCAGCUGAUUGAUAAAUUUUCAAUUACAAAUGCCGAUAUUUUAAGCCAAUAUGGACGACUGAAAGAAUCUGAAGGCGACUAUAAAGAAGCUGUCAAAGCUUAUUUAGCUUCAGGAAAGACCAUUGAAAGUGUUCGUCUACUUUUAGAUAAGCUCAAUAACCCAGGUGAAGCUGUUCGUUUGGUCAAGGAAUCUGGAAAUCUGGAAGGAGCUAAAAUGAUUGCUAGAUUUUUUCAAAAAAUUAACGACAUUGAAUCAGCAAUUGAAUUUCUUAUCCUGUCCAAGUGCAACGACGAGGCUUUCCAAUUGGCUACUUCAACUGGAAAUGUUGACAUUUUUGCCAAUUUCUUGCUAGAUUUAACGGAACAGCAAAAAUCAAGAGACAAUGGUUUUUCCGGAAACGCGAUCGAUCCAAAGUUAACGGAGGAUUUUAAAAGCUUAGCAAUUUAUUAUGAACAGACAAAGAAUCCAUUGAUGUCAGGAAAGUUCUAUUGCCUGUCAGGUAAUUGUCGUAAAGGAGUUAAACUGUUAUUACAAUCUGCGACCAUUACUGGUGAUGUUGGUGAAGUGAUAAAGACUGCAAUUGACUUUGUUUCAAUCAAUCGAGAUGAUCAAGCAAUUAGGGAUCUUAUUAAUUAUCUAAUGGGUGAACCUGAUGGGGAACCUAAAGAUUUUAAAUACUUGUUUCGGCUUUACAUGUCUUUAGGACAGUUUAAAGAAGCAGCUCGAACUGCUGUUGUAAUUGCCAAGGAAGAACAAUCAGCUGGUAACUAUCGAAAUGCUCACGAUCUUUUGUUUGGAAUGUGUCAAGAGCUGAGAAAACAGAAAAUAAAAAUUCCUAUGGAAAUGGAUUCAAGCUUAAUGCUUAUUCACAGUUAUCUUUUAGCAAAGGCUUGGAUUAAAAUAGGAGAUGACCUGCGAAGUGCUCAACUUUUGAUUAGAGUGGCAAAUAAUAUAAGCAAAUUUUCUGCUCGAGAUAUUGUAGCAAUAUUGACAAUAACAGUCAUUGAAUGUCAAAAGAUUGGAUUUAAAAAACAAGCGUUACAGUAUGCAAGUAUGCUUAUGAAGCCAGAAUAUCGUGAAUUGAUUAAGCCAAAGGAGGUUAAACGAAAAAUUGAAACGCUGGUUCGUAAAUCAGCAUCAACUCGACGAGAAGCUGAUGAUAUUGGAGAUUUAGUAACUGGUAAACAAACCGACUGUCCAUAUUGCAAUGUUAAACUUCUAGAAACUGAACUCAUAUGUUUCGAUUGUCGUAACAACAUACCCUUUUGUAUUGCUACUGGUCAUCACAUCAUUAAAGGAGAUCUAACUGUUUGCCCAUCAUGCACAUUUCCAGCAAUCAAGUCCUAUUUCAAAAAAUAUCUAGAUAAAAAUCCAGUUUGUCCAAUGUGUGGAUCCAAUAUUGAAAUAAAUGAGCUGGAAAGUAUAGAAGAUAUCAACAAAUUGCUGAAUCAAGAGUGAAUCGUUGAAACAAUUUGCUACAAUCUUUUGGAAAAGCAUUUGUAAAGUCAUAAAUUGACUAAAAUCUCAUGUAAAUUGUACAAUUCAAGUAACAAUAUUAAAAAGGCAUAGCUUUACAGAAAUUUUA